AGGACGCAAACACAAUUCCACAACAGAAAUGAACCAAUAACUUAUCCUGUAGAAGCUUUCUUGACAUUACAGAUCUCGUGCGGCGCGUCUAGUCAAGAUGCUAUUCUCUGAGGAUGAUGCUCCGCUUCUGAAAAAGUGGAUUGUGAAGCGACUGGAAAAUACAUCCGAUGCUGACGCCGACGUCCUUGCCGAUUACGUUCUCGCGCUUCUCCGUCAUGAUGGCGAUGUCGAAACGGUCCGCGCUCUUUGUGAACGUGAAAUGCCCGAUUUCCUGAAAGAGGAUUCGACAAUCUUUGUAAGAGACGUUUUUGACGCCAUCAAUUACAAAUCCUACAUGCCUGGAGCUGCUCCUCCCCCUCGCAGACCUUCAUUACCUUUUGCGCCACCUUCAGGUCCUUCCGCGCCUUCAUACGGAAACUUGGGAAACGGUGCGCCAAUGGGUCCUCAAAAUGGCUCGAGGAAGCGCUCAUUUCAUGAGAGGGGAGAUACUGAGAUGCAAGACAGAGGCUUUCACCAAGGAGGCGACUCUAACGGAAGAAUGUUCAAGCAGCCUCGACGUGGAGGUCCUGGUAUGGGAAGAGGCGGUUAUGAACCACGAGGUGGUAGAGGAGGUUAUGCUGGGAAUCGACCACCGCCAAUGAACUUUCAGAACAUGCCAACACCCCCAGGCUUUCCUGGUAUGCCACCGAUGCCGAGUCCUCCUCCUGGUAUGCCUCCUGGUAUGCCGUUCUUUGAUCCUAGAGAAGGCUUUGCGGGUUUGGAAGCUAUGCUGAGUAUGGGACUACCAAUGCCUGUUCUUCGAGGAAUGCCACAGGCCGCUUCCUCACCACCGAGACAAGGUUCUCCCACGAAGCCAAAAUGCAGAGAUUAUGAGCACAAGGGCUUCUGUGCUAGGGGCAAUACAUGUCCGUACGAGCAUGGUUCGCAUUCGAUAUGGAUUCCACCAGUAAACAAAGUCGAAGAGUACGACCCGACUAUGAGUUUGAUGUCGACCCUAGAAGCUAAUACCAACCGUGGUGGAUUCACUCAAUUUCGAGGCGGUGAUAGAGGUCGGGGACGUAGAGGCCAAAGAGGCACCCUCAAUCCCAGACGUGGUGGUGGAAGAUCAGAAUUCUCGUCGAACCAACCUAACUUUGACAAGAACAACACUACCAUUGUCGUCGAAAAUAUCCCUGAAGACAAAUUCUCCGAGGACGAGGUCCGGAAGUUCUUCUCAGAGUUUGGAAAUAUUGUUGAGGUCACAAUGCGACCAUACAAGCGUCUUGCAAUUGUCAAAUACGAUGAUUGGAACAAUGCCAAGAAUGCAUACAACUCUCCCAAGGUCAUAUUCGACAACAGAUUCGUCAAGGUCUAUUGGUAUGUGAAUCAAGACUCGCUGCCAAAGCCUCCUGCGGUAACUGGAGCCAACGGUGAAGCAAAGAGGGAACGUCAAGGCUCUGAAAGUACUGCUCCUACUCCCAAGCAAGAACCAGAGAUUGAUUUGGAGGAGUUUGCGCGAAAACAAGCGGAGGCUCAGAAGGCGCACGAGGAUAAGAUGAAGAAGAUGGCAGAGAUGGAAGCUGCUAAGAAGGACCUAGAGAAGCGACAAGAGGAGCUUCUGAAAAGCCAAGCUGAGGAAAAGAGGAAAUUGAUGGAGAAGAUAGCUGCCAAGAGUGGAAAGUCUGCUUCACCUGCUGUUCAACCUGCAAAUGGCAGUCCAGCACCUGCUGAGAGCAAGACGACAGCUCAAAUUCAGACCGAAGCAUUGAAGGCUCAGUUGGCUGCAUUGGAGGCUGAAGCAAAGUCGCUGGGAAUUGAUCCGAAUGUCGCCGAAGAACCAUUCUACGGUGGUUAUCGUGGACGAGGCAGAGGUCGUGGUGUCUAUCGAGGUAGAGGAACCUUCCAACCACGUGGCUUCCGGGGAGGAUAUCGAGGCCGUGGUACGGGUGUGCCUUUUUCAGCAAGUGGUCGGGUCUUCAACCUUGACAAUCGGACCAAGAAGGUUGCCUUGACUGGUGCGGAUUUCACUGAUGCCGGAAAGGAGGAGAGCCUCAGGGAGUAUCUUUUGGGCAUUGGCGAAUACACCGACCUCGAAAUUACACCAACACGUACCUCGAUCCUCUUCAAAGACCGCUUCACAGCCGAGAAAUUCAUGCGAACUCCCGACAACGAAAUCCCAUCCGUAGGCAAAGUCGAAAUGUCGUGGAUUCAAACUCCGUUACCGCCUGUAAACCUAACACCCAAGCCCUCUUCAACCGCCAUCAAAGUCGACGACGAUACCGCCAUGGACGAAGGAGAUGCGAUGGCAAGUAGUCCUGUUCAAGCAGGUGGUGAGGUGGUUGAGGAGCAGCACUCUAGUUACGAUUAUGAUGUUGCUGGGGAGGAUGAGUGGAAUUGAUGAAUCACGAACGGCAUUGGGGCGGAACAUAAAAGGACGGCUUGGUCGGGAGCCACGGAUUGUAAAUGUAUUGUAAAUUAGUAUACGGUAUUGCGAUGAUGAGAAUCACGCGGAACACGAGAU